AUUAACACUUUGGGAGCCUCUGCAAUGAGAACCAGGGAUUGGAAUUAUAAUCCUGAAGAGAAUUAGCCAUCAUCAUCAUCAUCAACAGCUCAAAUGAGACAGCUGGACACAAUAACAUAGUAGCAUCGCUUUAUGCAUUUGAUUAGAUACGUCUCAAUGCUGCCCACCAAUUAUGCUGUGAAAUGGUAACCUAAUGCCACGGGGAUCCUGUUUUGAUGAGGAAAAUGAAUAGCCUGACGGAUAUCCGACAGAGAUUAUAGCAGUUAUGAAAUUGACAAUAUUCAAAGUGAAUGAAAUUAGCACGCCAUUUGGCGGUGCUGAUGUUGCCUUUUCUGCACCAGUUCGAUGUCGUUGCGUGAGGCUGGGCACUAUGUUAGAUAUAGGAAAGACAUUGGAUGUGUGCAUGCGAAGACCAUGGUGUUUUAGCGCGUGUUGAAUUCUGUGAGCCUGUGGGAUGUAGCACAUCCCCGGUUUUUAUUCGUUGUAUUUGCGUCGAAACAUGCAAUGCGACCCGAGGUGUGAGAAAAAUGCCUGUAGCUCAUGUCGUUGUUGCGCCGCACCCCGGGUCUCUAGCUGGGCUCGACAACGAUAGACUAACCUCAGUUUGUAGCUGAAGAGGAGACAAGCAAGUUGAAGAAUGCUUUACCACCCUACCUUUUUAAUUUGUAGCAAAAACAUAUAGCAAGCAUCUUCCUCGCCUCCAUGAUCUUUCCGGAUGUCUCUGCAAGACUAGGCAAAUCAGCCGGUUUGUUUUAAGUGAGGAAUCUGUUGCGCUCCUGUGCCGUGGAGAGCGCGGUUGGAGAGGUAGCCUACCCCAGCCCGUGGAACUGCUUGAUCAGCCUCCGACUACUAGCGGAGGACCACACUGUAUACCAGCUCCUGAUGAUGGGAGGAAUGUUCUGACUAGAAACCUCUUGAGACUGAGCAACACCAGACAGGAGAGGAGAGACGGAGACAGACCAGACGCUGACUCUGCGUGCCAGGUUAGGGCCUGGAUUCUUGCCGGCGCCUGUGGAUCUGGCUCAAAAAUACUAAACUUCCCUGUUUGGGCAUUUGUCUGGACAGGGACAUCCUCACUGUACAAGCAGCUUGACUUUGUAGCAGCAAUUUUGCAAACAUUAGUAUUUUGCGGUCAGACCCUAAGCAGCAUCCCAAAGAGCCUCUCCAGGGGCCAAUUUAGUGAACCAGAGACUAGGCAGUGGUCACUAUGCAGGUUUCUUUCGCCUGCACUGAGCAUAACCUGAAGAGCCGCAGUGAGGACCGACUAUGUGGCCUUCGCACCGCACCACCCCCUGGGGGAGGUGGUGGAGGGAGCAACCAAGGGGGUAAUGGCAACUACAACACCCAUGGCUCAGCCAAGCCCAGGGAGCAGUUGGGGUCCCGCCCGGUUCCCCAGGGCCAUGCCCACAUGAAAGAAGCCAUAGGGCGCCACAGCAGUAUGAAAUACAGGAACCUGGGGAAGUCUGGUCUGCGUGUGUCCUGCUUGGGGCUGGGCACCUGGGUGACAUUUGGAUCGCAGAUCUCUGACGAGAUGGCUGAGAACCUGAUGACCAUUGCCUAUGAGGCCGGGGUGAACCUCUUUGACACAGCAGAGGUGUAUGCCUCCGGCAGGGCUGAAAUCACCCUGGGGAACAUCAUCAAGAAGAAAGGAUGGAGGCGGUCUAGUUAUGUCGUGACAACCAAGAUCUACUGGGGAGGGCAGGCGGAGACGGAAAGGGGACUCUCCAGAAAGCACAUCAUUGAAGGUUUGAGAGGAUCCUUGUCCAGACUCCAGUUGGAUUAUGUGGACAUGGUCUUUGCCAACCGUAAUGAUGUCAACAGCCCUAUGGAAGAGAUAGUCCGGGCCAUGACCUUUGUAAUAAAUCAGGGCAUGGCAAUGUACUGGGGCACCUCUCGCUGGAGUCCCAUGGAGAUCAUGGAGGCGUACUCAGUGGCGCGUCAGUUUAACCUGAUCCCACCAGUAUGUGAGCAGGCUGAGUAUCACUACUUCAAGAGGGACAAGGUGGAGGUGCAGCUCCCUGAGCUCUACCACAAGAUAGGUGUAGGGGCAAUGACCUGGUCUCCCCUUGCAUGUGGGCUGAUCACAGGGAAGUACAAUGAGGGUGUACCUGACAUCUCCAGGGCUAACAUAAAAGGUUACCAGUGGCUGAAGGAGCGGGUCAACAGCGAGGAGGGACGCAAGCAGCUGGCCAAGAUCAAAGAGCUCCGCCUAAUGGCUGACAGACUAGGCUGCACCUCCGCACAGCUGGCCAUCGCCUGGUGUCUGCGCAGUGAGGGAGUGAGCUCAGUGCUGCUCGGUGUCUCCAAUACUGACCAGCUGAUGGAAAACCUGGGUGCCCUUAGGCUUAUUUCACAGAUGACUCCUCAGACCGUGGCUGAGAUUGACUCACUCUUGGGAAACAAGCCCCACUCCAAGAAAGAGCCACGAGCAUGAAGAGGAACCGAUGGAGUAAAGGACAGAGUCAGAGAAAGAUGACGAAAAAGUGAUGGCGUCGAGGAACAUCGCUCUUUCACCCUCCAGUAUAAUCAACAACCUGCAUGUCCUCAACAACAUUGUGCUUCCAGUAUUUGCGCAUAUCCAUUCGGCGCAUUGCAUUGUAUCAUGUAUGAGAAAAAAAAAUCUAUAUUUUAAUGUGCAAAAACAAUGAUUAGAUCAGAUAUAUUACAGAUCCCUCACUGACUGAUAAUGUCCACAAACAGAAGGUGAGGCAGGUAGCCUAGCGUUUAAGAGUGUUGGGCCAGUAACCGAAAGGUCGCUGGUUUGAAACCCUGAACCGACUAGGUGAAAAUCUGUUCGAUAUGCCCUUGAGCAAGGCACUUAACCCCGUAAGUCACUCUGCAUAAAAGUCUCUGC